UUAGCUAUUGUACUCACAACCCCUUUUCACAAGUAUCUGACACGAUGAACGAUUCCAACUACAGUAUGAGCGAGAUUGUAGAAUCCUUCGGAUACUUGUUCUAUGUCGUCAGUCCUACAAAAACGUCAUUCCAAGCACCGGAAGAAGUCCCAGAAUACACCGUACAAGUUGUUCCGCACUUUGCAUUCCUCUUUCUUUUAGAGUGGAUAGUGAAACUUCACAGAAACAAACCCCUCACAAGAAUAAAUGAUGCAAUUGGAUCUAUAUCCCAAGGAAUGGUGCAAGAAUUAUCGAGGCUGGUCACUCGCGGCGUCCAGCUCGCUGCCUACUCGUACGUAUAUGACAAUUGGAGAUUAGUGACACUACCAUGGGAUUCCGUGUGGACGUGGUGGCUCUGCUUCAUAGGAGUGGAUUUUGCAUAUUACUGGUUGCACAGGGCAAGUCAUGAAAUUAAUAUUUUAUGGGCUGCUCAUCAAGUACAUCAUAGUUCUGAAGAAUACAAUUUAUCAACUGCACUACGUCAAUCAGUAUUUCAGAACUACAGUGUUUGGAUGUUUAAUCUUCCAAUGGCUUUUGGAAUCCCAACGAGUGUCUUCUUAGUUCACACACAAUUCAAUUUGCUGUAUCAGUUCUGGAUUCAUACGGAGGAAAUAAAAUCUCUAGGACCUUUAGAAUAUAUCCUGAACACUGCAAGUCAUCAUAGGGUCCAUCAUGGUAGAAACAAAUAUUGCAUCGAUAAAAAUUAUGGCGGAACUUUAAUUAUUUGGGACCGUUUAUUUGGAACAUUUGAACCAGAGAAUGAAACAGUAGCCUAUGGACUAACUCACCCCAUUAACACUUUUGAGCCCGUAUAUGUUCAGAUGUGUCACUAUAUGCACAUAUGGCGGACAUUUUGGAGCACGGAGGGCUUUUCGAAUAAACUCUCAGUAAUCUUCAAAGGCCCUGGCUGGGUACCGGGAACACCGUGGCACGGAAAUCCUGAUGACAUACCUGAAGUGGAAUUUCCAGUAGAAAAAUACAAUCCGAAAAUAUCAUUGUGCAAAACAAUGUAUGUUUUAGUACAUUUUGUUCUGCUCAUUUUAGGCUAUGCUGAAGUUAUGACAAAUGGAAAAUCAUACCCAACUCCUGUGCUGUAUGGUACCAUUUUUUACAUUGUCUUCUCCUUGUCAACUCUUGCAAUGCUGCUGGAGAAGAGGUCAUAUGGACCAAAAAUGGAAUGUAUUCGCUGCCUGACGUACAUUGUAGCAGAAAGUUAUCUUCGGCCUUUCCUCAGUUCAUUUAAAGAGUCAACAGUAAUAUUUUCCAUGUUAGCCUGGCUAAUAUUCUUCCCCUCAGCUCUUCUAUGGUUACCAAAGAGUAUGAAACACAACAGAACAGAAAAUGUAGAUGACAAGAAAAUUUCAUGAACUUUUCAAGCAAAGAAAAUAUGUCAAGCUUUGUGUUGACUGGACUAUAAAAUAUUUUUGUAUAACAAAA